UUCACUCGAUUAGUUUAGUCGGAAUACCAAUAGAUACAUGCUUUUCCACACGUUGUUUAUCCAGAGAAAUAAUCCCAUCAAACUUCGUCUGAGUGAGAGCUUACUAAACUACAACCUAUGUUUUGUUGUUUAACCUUUGGAUUCUACCCUAACCAUCAUAUCCUUCUAUGACUAUGUAGUUAUUUUAUUCGUACAUAGUGUAAUUUUAGAACAUUAUCCAAUGUGUUCGGUCCUAAUUUCAAAACAAAUCAGGUGUGAUUUAAGAAAGAUUUGGCUGCUGUUUCUAGCAAACCGAGCGACUACGUAGGGUUUUUUUCUUCUUUCUUUCUUUUAGUCCCGUUAUUGUUGUUUUAACGGAACUGAGCGUAAAUAUUAGAUGGUGUUUAUUGUCGAAAGGAAUAUAUUAUGAAAACGUGUUUCCCGCGUUCUAUGUUAUAAUCUGUCGCAACAUUUUUAACUGGUCGAAGACAAAGCCUCAAUUUUAUUUCAUUUUUAUUUUUAAUAUAAGAAGCAAAAUCGCUGAACUUUCUAGAAAAUGUUGCUAUAGUAAAUGCAAGCGUGAUGGAAAUUGGCAAUGUUACUCUCAGAACUAAAGGCCUUAAUAUACUUCAAAGUGCCAUCCAUCCCAAACAUGGACUUGUCUGGACAGAUGGAAAAUCUGUUUACUUGGCCAAAUUCAAGAUCAUAAAAAACCAAGUUCAACCUGAAAAGUCCUUUAAGAUUAAGGAAUUUGAUUUUGUAAACUGUGUACAAUGGAGUUCAAAAAGCGACUCUGGGACAUGUUACCUGAGUGUCUCACACAAAGAUGGCAUUUGUAUAUGGAAGGUAGAAGGAGAGGCACCAAACUUGGAGUUGAAACAAAUUCGUAAAAUAUACAUCGAAGCUCUGCCUCAAGGUUGCUUAUGGAACCCUCACCGAGAACUUCUGUGCAUCCUCAGUCGAGAACAAAUUCGUUUUUUCUACAGACAUGGGAAAAUUCGUGGUGUAUACUCCAUUCCACCUUUAGAGAGUGGCAAAAUCAGUUGUGGUGCCUGGUCUGAAGAUGGCUUAAAGCUAGUUGUUUGCGUUGGUUCUGCUAUUUUGAUCUACAACUGGAGGUCAAUAGAUGGUGUUAUUAGUGAAUUUGACACAAAUGUAUGGAAAAUUCCAGAACUGAAAAGCACUGUAACUGCCAUAACAUCUAUGCAAGAAAACCUAUUUGCUUGUGCUGCUGAAGUGCCAUUAGAAUCUCUCUGUAAAACAAAAGACAUGUUUGUGGUUCCAGAACCAAACAAAGUAAAUUCACACAGCAAUGACAAUGAGAAACAAAUGCUUGAAACAACCAAUCUAAACAAAUUAAUGAAUCUCAGAAAAACUUCUGAAUGUGACGUUGACAACCUGUCACAGCUUGUUGUAAUCAGAGUGAAGGAAAAUAUGAAAGAUCCUGAAUUUCUAAUCAGAACUAGCAUUAAAGGAAUUAAUACACCUGAUUUGCUUCAUUUUCAGACUUUAAAACAAGUUCUCAUCGUUGGAAGCAACAUACAGACGUCUCUGCAGCUUUUUAAUUUUGCCAAGGAUUUUAAGUUAAUCAAACUUGCUAAUGUGGAACUUGAAACCCACAGUCGUCCAAAAGGUGUUUGCAGUCUUCCACCAGAGCUUUCCACAAACAGCAGUAAUGGUAACAUGUUAAUCAUGCUAGGUAAACGCUCAGAGACAAACCCUUCCAUUUUCUCCACCUCCACAGAAUCUAAGUAUGAACUGUGGUUGCAGUGCUUUUCACUGGACAAUGCACAAACCUCAACUGAAAUCCAUCAAAGGCCUAACAAAUCUGAACGUAAUAAGACUAAUGGUCAUUCAGAAUAUCCAAACAAUAUUGCUGUAGUCAAUUCACAGCAGAGUUCUGUAAGUACUAGUCCCAUUGGCUCUCCAGCAAAUGACCUCAAAGAAGACAAAAUUUUAUUAGCUAAAAAACUUCUGCACCCUGUAAGCCCACAGCUGUCAUCUAAAUGCAUGAUAGAAGAACUUGAAGAAUCUGAAAAGUUGAAAGAACUCGAGAUAGAAAGGACAGACUUUGCUUCAACUAAACCUAACUUUGUCAACCCUACUUGUUUGUCUGAGUGGGGCUCAUGCAAUGCAGAGUUGACGGCCAAGAAUUCACAUGAACGAUCAAAUGGAUUGAGAGAAUCUGCCAGUGAGUCUGGUUAUUCUGUUAGCAGUCCUAUUUCUCCAAGGUCUCCUUCAAUUGUAAAUGGUUAUGAUCAGAAUGAAAAUCAGUCACUGGAUUAUGGUUACCAACAUCUAGAAGAUAAAUUACAAUUUCAGAAUAACCAAAUUGCUGAACUAGAGAAGAAAAUCGAGGAACUAAAGAGAGAAAUUGAUAAAAGCAGUUGUAUCUUUCCUACAAAAUACCAACCACUCAAGGCACCAGAAAUCAUCAACGUAAUCCAUGUUAUUCCAUCAGGGAUAUCAAUUAAAAAGACCUUUCUUUUGGAUCAUGGCCGGUUACAUAUGGAAUCUGUGAAACAGUCUUUUGGUUUGAAUACUAUUGAGCUUUACAUUGAUGGUGUUCCUGUUAUUGUCAGUGCAAACAUUGAUGGCUAUAUUCCACUGAAAUUCGAACCCAAUUCUACACUGUUCAUUAGUGGUGUCACAUCUCCAGCUCAGGAGGAUAGUGUAUCAAUAUCAUCAUUAGCAUCAUCUGCUGUCUUACCUCAGAGCCCAAUUAAUGAAAGUAAACCUAUUACAGACUUAACAGUUACUGGGGCUCUGACUUCCAUCAAAGGAAAAGCCACAUCAUGUUAGCAUUUCCAGUGAAAAUCUCUCUCUUUUCUUGUAUGUCUUCAUCUUGUAAUGACUUUGGGGGAGGCAGCCAGUUUGUACUAUUCGGUAAAGAAGUUGCUGUGUUAUUAUUUGUUAGCUACAACUGCACAACCUUACAACUAACUGCACAGUUUGCUUAAAAUACAUUAACAUCUAUAUAAUUUCCCCUUCUCAAAUACAUUGCUAUUAUAUAUAUAUGAGAAUGUGUAUGUGUUUGUAUAUUUGAACAAAUUGAUGUAUUAUGUAUUGUUAUGGAUUUUUUUUUUGUUAAUAAUGAAAGCACAAA